CUCCUGAUGGAAGAGCAAAACAUUAUCACAGAGGUCCCAGCAACCCUAAAGCGCCUGGCCAAAUAUAUAGUGCGUGGUUUCUAUGGAGUAGAGUACUCCCUGGCCCUCGAUAUACUGAUCCGCUACCCCUGUGUGAAAGAGGAUGACUUGUUACAGUUGCUCAAGUAUGAACGUAAACAACUGCGUACUAUCCUCAACACGCUCAAGGCAGACAAGUUUGUGAAGCUGCGUAUGCGAGUUGAAACGGGGCCUAACGGGAAGAGCACCAGGCACAAUUACUAUUACAUCAAUUACAAGGUGCUGGUGGAUGUGGUAAAAUACAAACUGGAUCAUGUACGUCGGAAAAUAGAAGCGGAUGAGCGGGAUUCAACUACCAGGUCCUCUUUUAGAUGUCCAUUUUGCUCCAGCGCUUACACGGACCUGGAAGUCAAUCAGCUCUUUGAUGUAUUUACAGAGACUUUCCGCUGCACUUACUGCAACACUGAAGUUGAGGAAGAUGCCUCAGCACUUCCCAAGCAUGAUGCUCGAACUUUGCUAGCAAAAUUCAAUGAACAGAUUGAACCUAUCUUUGUGCUGCUGCGUGAGACUGAAGAUAUUGUUCUGCCGUACCACUUGCUGGAGCCUCAGCCAAUGGAAAUACCAGAAUUAUCAGAAAGCUUUGAUCAGAAAGUGGGGUCAAGUGUGCUGGAACCCUGCAGCCGAGCUGAAAAAUGGGCCGACAGAAGUUCCUCUUCUGGCAACAUGUACACCCAAAACUUAGUUAUUGAUGUCCAAGACUCUGAGUCCAAGAAGAAAAUAAGAGAAAAAGCAGCUAAAAAGCAACCUAUCUGGAUGUCACAGAGCACUGUGGAAGGAGCAACAACAUCCACCAACAAUAGUUGUUGUGUAGUAGGAGUAAAUGCUUCUGAAGAAACUGAAGAAAGUGUUAAAGAAACUGUCACUGAAAAUGAAAUCAUCAAGACUCUUCUGAUCCAUGAAUCAAAGUCAUUGUCUAGCACAGACCAGGCUCCUGUUGUCAGAAGCAAACUACCUGAAUCAGGCAGUGAUACCAGUGAGUCUGAGGAAGAUGGCAAGCACUCAAGAGCAGGAAUGGAAGUAGCAGGCAGCAACUUCAAACAAGAGGAGGAAGAGGAAAUGCAAGGUCCUAUUUUAAUGGUAGCUGGUCAGCCUCGUUCAUAUGGCGAAGUUAGUGAAAAUCCAGAGCUUGUCUCUCUCAUGACAAAUGAAGAGAGAGAAGCUUAUAUAAAAGUAGGGCAAGAAAUGUUCCAGUCUGUCUUUGAAUAA